AUGGCCUGGCUACUCCGCAUCGCCUGCAUCCUGGUCUGCUGCCCAAAGCUGCUGCAGGGCAAAGCUUCAGAGUACCAGCUGGAGUCAGAGACCCUGAGCAGAUGUGAGUUGUUAAGGGGCGUGGCUGUUGCCAAGCAACAAGGUGACGUCCCUCACUGCACACAUGAUGGCAGUUUCAGACCUGUGCAGUGCAGCGAGCCGGGUCACGAGUGUUGGUGUGUCGAUGCUGAAGGUCAGGAGGUCAUCGGGACUCGAACCAACAGCUCUGCUCCUCACUGUGCGUCUCCCUGCCAGCUGCAGUCGGUCCUGCAGUGCGCUCCCUCAGGUGUCUUUGAGUCAGUUCAGUGUGACUCCGGCAGGGGACAGUGUUGGUGUGUGGAUCAGGACGGCAUGGAGCUGUACGGGACCAGACAGAGCGGGAGACCUCAACGCUGUCCCGGCAGCUGUGAGGUGAGGUCGAGGCGUCUCCUGCACGCCUCCGGGUCUCACUCUCCUCCUCAGUGUGCUGUAGACGGCAGCUUCCUCCCCGUUCAGUGCAAAUUCAUCAACACGACAGACAGAACAGAGCUGGACCUGCUGCACACCUUCAACAGAUUCCCAGAAGCUUUUGAGACGUUCGGUAGUUUCAGGAAGUUUUUCCCAACAGUUUCCUCGUUCUGCUUCUGUUCUGACAGUCGAGGCAGAGAGAUGGAGAACACAGGUGCGGAGCUGCUCCUGUCUGAGGUUUACGACUCGGCGUUCUCUGGUCUUCGGUCUGGUCGCUCCUUCUCUGAGACCAACAUCUACAGAGUCCUGCAGAGGAGGAUGCUGGGAGUCCGUCUCGCCCUCACCGGGCACUUCAGAUGCCCUUCUCCAUGUGAAGAGGAGCGGCGAGCGGCCAUGGAGACGUCCAGUGUUCACGUCCCGUCCUGUGAGACCGGAGGGUCCUUCAGCUCCAGACAGUGUCAGCAGGGGGGACAGUGCUGGUGUGUCGACCCCACAGGGAGGGAGGUUCCUGGGACACGACAGCACAGAGACUCUCUGGUCUGCGGUUCAGGUCUCACUGACUGUCUCUCUCAGCGUCGUCUGGCUUUGUUGCGGCUCUUCUCCGGUCCUGUUGAUCCUCCUCUCCAGGCCUCCUCUGCCAGAUCCUCGUCCCCCUGUCUCCCCCUCCUCCGGCCUCUCAGGGAGCUCCUGCCGGUGGAGGCGGACCCCACCAACUUCCUUUCUCACCUGGUCGAAGUCCUCCAUGGUCUCUUCCCCUCAGUGGGCGGGGCUCUGCAGGCUCUGGCUCGCUCCUCCCCUCUUCGCUUCCAGGAGAACCUGUUUGGAGGGAAGUUCCUGAAGAACGCCGCCUCCUUUAACUUCAGCGGGGCGGUGGGAGCUCGAGGAGCCCUCGGUCUGGACCGCCUCUCCUCUCAGAGUGUCGCCGUCAGCCUCCAGAAGAACCGAGACCUGGUCCUGUCCGUCAGCAGAGCUCUGGAGGACCCCGCCUUCCUCUCUGCCCUCCAACACACACUGAGGAGCAGCAGCAGCUCACACUCUGCCUCUGUGCAACAGGUUCUGACUCCUCUGCUGCGUUCCUGCUCAGAGGACGAGGACACGGCGGACAUCCUUGUCCCCAGCUGCACGUCCAGCGGUGGUUUCCAGGAGCUUCAGUGUCAGAGAGGAGAGUGCUGGUGUGUCGACUCUCAGGGUCAGGAGGUCACGGGGUCACGUAGCACCAGUGGUCGACCUCGGUGUCCGUCCCACUGUGAGAGAGAGCGAGCCAUGGCGCUGAAGGUGAAAGGAAACAUGGCGGCCGGCGCUGAGAUCCACGUCCCAGCCUGCUCUGAGGAUGGAGACUUCCUGCCGCUGCAGUGUGUCGGGUCACGCUGCUUCUGUGUGGACGCUGAGGGAAAAACAGUGACUGCUGGGUCAGCAGGGGGCGCUCUCACCUGUCCAGAAAGAACAACACAGAAGCGUCAGUCCUCUGCAGGUCGAUGCUCUCAGGCGUUGGACAAAGUCACAGCGUUCAGACAGGAAGUGAAGAGCCUCAUCGCUCUCUCUAAAUCCUCCCACUUCCCUCUGGGAUACGGAUUCCUAUUGGCUGAAGGUCUGCGUCUGACCCCGGAGGAGCUCCAGAUCAGCCAAUCAGAGGAGGAGCUACAGAUCUCUGAUCGGCUGCUGAGCCGCUCCAAAGCUGCUCUGCGAUUGGCGGCUUUCUCUACUGUCCAGAUGUUCCUGCCUCCUCAGCGUCGUUCUUACCAGCCGUUCACUCCACAGUGUGACGCUGACGGAAACUGGCUGCACACACAGUGUUACCACAGCACAGGUCAGUGUUGGUGUGUCGAUGAAGAUGGAGAGUACAUCCCUGACUCUCUGACCAGCCGCUCACUUCAGCUGCCAAAAUGUCUGACUCGCUGUCAGAGAGCUCAGGCUCACUCUCUGCUCUCUGGUUGGCUGAAAGGAUCUGACCACACCACAGCCUCACCUUAUGACCCAAAGUGUGACGAGGACGGUAGCUUCUCUGUGCUGCAGACAGGAGGCGCUGCAGGCUGGUGUGUGAAUCCAGUGAGCGGGGAGACCAUACAGGUGGCCAAACCGAGCUCUGAGGGACAACUGACAUGUCCCAGUUGGUGCGAGCUGCAGGGAUCCCAGUGUCGCCCUGACGGCUCCUUCAUCCCACUGCAGUGUGAUGUCACUUCCUGUUGGUGUGUCGCUGAGGACGGGCAGGAAGUGGGCGGCACCCGAACACCUCGAGAGACAGGACAGACGAUGUCAUGUGACCGUCCUCUCUGUCCCAACUCCGACGUUACCCAUGGUGCACUGGUGUGUCGCCCUGCGGCUGAUGGUCGGCAGAGCUGUGACCUCGUCUGUCACCGUGGUUACUACAACUCACUUCCUGUCAGCAGCUUCCUUUGCGGGACUGAGAGUCGGCGAUGGGACGGAGACAACAAACCGCUGAGUGGAGCCUGUCAGAUCUCUCAGCCUCUACAGUCGGUGUCGUCCUCUCAGCUGUGGUCGUUGUCGUCGUCCUGCUCUCAGAUCAGCAGUUUACGGUCUCUGUUGUUCAACACGAUGACCAGCAGCGGGCUCUGCUCUGCACAGCUUCCCAUGUCCGGUGGAUCGGUGUCGGUGUGUGACGACUCGUCUGUGCAGCUGCAGUGUGACGGCGAUAACACAAUAAAAAUGACUGUCAAAUGGACCGCCAACCUGUCUGACCUCCCGACCUCUGACCUCCCCGACCUCCAUGACAUCGGCCUGUUUCUGAAUGAGUCCAGACUUCUGGAGGGCGUUCAGAGCCUUCUGGGUAAUAUCCGAUCCAUGCUUACAUCAGAACCCAAACUGGUUUCCACGACAACAACAAGCUUCGGCUGUUCCCGUGGUUACCACCUGGACGGUGACAGUGAAGGCUGCGUCGUUUGUCCUGCGGGGAGUUUCUCCAGGGACGGGGCGUGUCUUCUGUGUCCUCAGGGAACCUAUCAAGAUGAAGAGGGGCGGGACUUCUGCAACAGGUGUUCCAGAGGCUCUUCACCCGCUGGAGCAUCAUCUGUCAAUCAGUGUGUGACAGAGUGUCAGAGGCGGGGCCUGCGGUGUUCAGAGCGAGGUGACUUCCUCCCAGCGCAGCCUGACUUCCUGUCCGGCAGGUGGCGGUGUGUCAACAGUGAGGGGGCGGAGCUUGAGUGGACCAGCAGUGAAAAGCCUCUGACUGACGUCGAGUGCUCAGUUCUCAGUAAGUUUCAGGCUGUUUCUGGAUCAGACCUGAUUCUCGGAGCUGAAGACACUGAAGUCCUGCAAACAAUGACCUCUGACCUCACAUCCUGUGUCCAAGCGUGUGCAGUGGAGCCGUCCUGCCACCAUGUGGCGCUGUUCAACAAACAGACUCAGUGUGAACUGUACAGCACGCACACACAGAACACACACUGCAACACGUCCCAGCAGACCAGUGGAUUUCUGGGUAAUCCUCAGGCAGAGCUCUUUGAUUGGCUGAGCUGCUCUCUGAGAGUGAGUGGCGGGGCUUCAGAUCUACUCGUUAUCCGGAAGAAAGGUGUGGAGUUUUCCUCUCGGCAGCAGCAGCAGAGUUUUCAGAGGAUGAGGAUGAUGAAGGCCGUCUCAGGUGUGUUCAGGACUCAGGUGUUCUCCUCCGGACAGACGUCUCUGUCUGACGCUCAUCGUUUCUGUCAGGACGCCUGCAGCCGCGACGCCUGCUGCGACGGAUUCAUCCUCAACCAGAACGUCCUGAACGGAGGCUCCCUGCUCUGUGGUUGGCUGAGAGGUCCGUCAGUGUUGAUGUGCGAGGACCAGGACUGGGACGUGAUUGGACAGGGAAAAGCCAGUCGCAUCUGUGGGGCGGGGCUAACCUACAACGAGCAGCAGAGGAGCUUCGUGUUUGACUUCGGAGGACAAAAGUUCAAAAUCACUGAUUCGUCUCUGCCGGCCGACAGCAAGAACAAGAAGGACUACCAGGCGUCCGUCAUCAGCUUCCAGGCCGUCUACCUGAACACUGAUGCUGAGUCAGCGGGUUCUGGUUCUGGUCCUUCCUCCUGUGCAGCAGCAGAUCCUGGUCCUCCUCUGGACGUGUCCGUGCAGCAGAGGUUUGAGUCUCUGUCAGAGGACGACGUCCUCGUGGAUCCUCAGAGAAAACUCCCCACACUCUCUUUCUGGCUCAACAAGAAGAACUACAACUCCCAGCAAGCACUGCUCUGGUGUCUCACACGCUGUGAUGAGGAGCAGCAGUGCUCUAUCGCUGAUGUCAGAGACGCCGACUCAGCAGGUUUCCUCAGCUGCUCGUUGUAUUCGGACACCAGAGUUUGUGGCGCAUACGACAAACCUCUGAGACGACCCUGCCGCCCCGUGCUGGACAGAACGCCCAGCAACGCUUACAGCAAGAAGGUGGAUCUGUCCGGACCGGUGAAGAGUUUCUAUGAGAGAGUUUCCUUCCAGAAGAUGGUUUCUUACUCUGUUCGCAGCCGAGUCAGUCUGGGAGAAAACACGCCACUGUCCGAGGGGUUCAGGACGUGUGAGCGGCGCUGUGAUGAGGAUCCUUGUUGCCGCGGCAUCGGCUUCGUCCGAGACACCAAUAAACCAGGUGGCUCAGACGUGGUGUGUCUGUCUCUGAUCAGUCUCGGGAUUCAGACCUGCGGUGAGGAUGAAAAGACAACCUGGAGGACUCAGGACUGUAAACCGUCUGUCGUAAAGACGACACCGGACCCCUUCGGCUGGUACCAGAAACCUGUGAAUCAGUGGAGUUCCUCUCCGGCUCUCUGUCCUCCUUUCAACCUGCCACCCACCAAAAACACUGUGUCUCUCGAUCAGUGGCGUCUCCUCUCCGACUCAUCAGUCCUCGUCGACCCGUCCGUCUCUACAUAUGAUGUCAUCCACGUGAGCCGUGACAUCGCCACCGACUCUGAUAAGACCAGGGACUGGUGUCUCCAUGCCUGUCAGGAGGCGGAGUCUUGCAUCGCCGUGUCACUCAGUGAGGCGGGAUCCGCCACUCGCUGCAUCCUCUACCCAGACACCUCAGCCUGUGGGUUAAGCCCCGCCCCCAGCUCGUCCAGCCCUGCCUCCUCCUGCAGGUUGGUCAUCAGAGAGCCCGCCCCCCAGGUGUACCUGAAAACAGAGCGGUUGCCGUUGUCUACAUCCGUUACUAUCCCGGGUCACGGGACCCUGCAAGGCGUUGCCAUGGAAACGGCCAUAGGCUCAGACAGGAAGACUGUUGUUCAGUUCCUGGGCGUCCCCUACGCCCGUCCACCAAUAGUAUCGCUCCGCUUUGAACCAGCUCAGCCUGCUGAUUGGACGGGAACCUGGGACGCCACCAAACCACGUCCCAGUUGUAUCCAGCCAGGUGAUGAAGAGUCUGCAGCCUCCAGUGAAGACUGCCUCUACCUCAACAUCUUCAGCCCUGCAGCUCCGAGGGGGCGUGUCCCAGUCCUGGUGUUCUUCUUCAACCCUUUGGCCAAUCAGAGCCCAGGAUUGUUGGACGGCUCCGCCCUCGCUGCAGUGGGCAACAUCGUCGUGGUAACGGCCAGCUAUAGGACGGCGGCGCUGGGAUUCCUGAGCACAGGUUUGUCUGGUCUCCGUGGUAACUACGGCCUGUCAGACCAGGAGGCGGUGCUUCGUUGGGUCAACGCCCACAUCUCUCUGGUGGGCGGGGACAGCAGGAGAGUGACGGUCGGGUCGGAGCGACGUGGCGCUGACAUCACCAGCCUUCAUCUCAUCUCCUCUUCCUCUCCUCCUCUGUUCCAGCGUAUGAUGCUGAUGGGCGGCUCUGUGUUUUCUCCAUCACUGGUUCAGACUCCCUCCACCUCCAGACGUCAGGCGGUCGAUCUGGCCAAAGAGCUCGGCUGUGUGACCUCUGACCCCACUGACGAUAACGAGAUGGUCUCCUGCCUCAGAGCGACGCCUGUGCACACGCUCAACGCCGCUCAGACCAAACUUUUGGCGGUCAGCGGUCCGUUUCAGUCCUGGUCUCCGAUCCGUCAGUCUGUCUCUCAGUCGUCCCUCCACAGAGCCGAUCUGCUGCUGGGAACAUCUGAGCACGACGGUCUGAUCAGCCGAGCUCGCAGGAUAAAGGACUUUGAGGCUCUGCAGGGCCGAGCUGACGGUAAGACGGCGUUUUACGAGGCUCUGAGUCGCUCGCUGGGCGGAGCGAAAGAAAACGACCUGCUGAAGGAGGCGGCGGGCUGGUUCUACUCUCUGGAUCACAGUCCCUCACCUGCCGGAUACAACCUGUUCUCCAGAGCGCUCAACAACGCCACCAGAGAUCUGUUCAUCAUCUGUCCCACUCUGCAGAUGGCUAGCCUCUGGGCUAACAGCAAAGCUAACGUUUUCCUGUACCACCAGCCUGCCACCAGUGCUCCCAGCAGGGCCGAUGUUUCCGUUCCCCUGGACGUUCAGUUUGUCUUUGGGACUCCUCAUCAUCCAACGAGCUCUCCGCGUUUCACUUCGUCUGAUCGACGACUCUCUGUGGCCACGAUGACCUACGUCUCCAGCUUCAUCAGGACCGGGAACCCAAACCCAUCAGGUGUGUGGGCGGAGUCAGUUCUGCCCCGCUGGCGGCCGGUUCUGUCCUCUGUGUCCUCGCCCACAUACCUGCAGCUGAGCCCCGCCCUCCGUCACAAUCAGGGUCUGAGUCAGAGCGCUUGCUCCUUCUGGAGUCAACUGGGAACCAGACUGACCAGUCUGAGCGGUGAGACGGGAGCAGAGCUUGUCCCGCCUGCGUUGACCCCUGAGCUCACAGAGUCUGCACCGUCCAGCCAAUCACAGACUGAGAAAGACGCCUACAGCUGAACAUCAUCAUCAUCAUCAUCAUCACCUUUACCCUUUUCAUUUUUACG